AGCCAAGAGAUCCAAAGGUGUGUUAGAAUGGGAGGUAGCUGGCGUUCGCCAUGACUUCGGCUAUGGCGAAUAACCAGCAGUCGGUGCAGAUGUACUACUACGUCGUGCCGGGUCAAAUGCAGCCGCAAAUGGCGCCUGCAACUGAUGGUGGCAUGAUGGCCAACCAGCAGGGCCAGAUGCAGCAGGGUGGAUAUGAUCCACAGCAGAUGCAAGGGUUCAGCAUGGGCGACCAUGGCGGGUAUGCCUUUGUGAUGAAUCAGGAUGGAAGUGGUCAGAUGGGAGGUGUCAACGUGAACCAUCAGAUGGGUCAGCUGCAACCCAUGAUGAUGGCACCGACAGGGAAUGGAGGAUGUCCGCAACAGAUGGUGCUAGUCAUGGGGAUGCCAGAUGGGCAGGGCCAACAACAAGGUAUGCAGGUGAUGGACUCUUCGGGCUGUGCUGGGUGUGGAGGCUGUCAGGGUGGCUGUGGUGGUGGUUGUGGCUGUCAGGGUGGCUGUCAAGGCGGCUGCCAGGGUGGCUGUCAGGGUGCCUGCCAGGGUGGCUGUCAGGGGGCUUGUCAAGGUGGGUGUCAGGGUGGAUGUCAAGGUGGCUGUCAAGGCGGCUGCCAGGGUGGUUGCCAGGGAUGCCAAGGGCAAACGGCGCCAACAGCUCCGCCCACCUGGGGCCAAGGAAAUGUAGGGCAUUGCAAUGGAUGCAACGCUCAAAACAUGGAUGCACAGCGGCCCAUGGGUCAAGGAAAUCAGCAAGUUCAACAAAUGCAACACCAAAUGCCCAACCAAGACAAACGCGGGAUGACAGGCGGCCAGGCCAAUCAACCUAGUCAGAGCCUUCAGAAUCAAAGUGCUGCCCCGCCAGCCAAACCUGAUCCUGCACCAGCGCCUGCACCGGAGAGCCGGCCAGCGGCAACCAAGCCCAAGAAAGGGUUGGUGAACAAGAAGUUAGACAAGAGCACUGCUGCCGCAAGUGCGCAAAAUGCACAACAAAACGCAGGUGCACCAGCAGGGGCAUCUGGAAGUGCAGAGCAAAGUGCUCCUCCAUCUCAAGUGGUGUCGGAAGCUCCCGCUCCCACUCCAGCAGCAGCACCACCAACGAGAUCAGAAAGCCGCGCCGCAAGUCCAGCCCAAGAGACUAAUGGAACAGCUGGAACGGGCUCUCGUUUCAACAUGGGCCCUAUUCCGCCCCUGCCGCCCAAAGCUCAAGGUGCGGUGGCCAGUUUCUUUGCCUCCAACAUCAAAGCCUUGAACCUGGAGCCCAUGCGUUCCGCGCCACCAGGAAAGGUAAGGCCAGCAGCCCCACCCUUCGGGAAUCUUGAGCUGCCUCGCUCACCAGGUGCAAUGAAGGCUAAAGCCAAGGCACCAGCCACAGCCGCACCCGAAGCUGACUUGCAACGGGAUUCACUGCAGGUGCCACAGCCAACGCAGCCAACGCAUCAACCUGCAGAUGUCCCAGCACCAGUCGUUCCAGUAGAGACCUCUGUCCCUGCAGCCCAGCCAGCACCAGCUCAGCCGGCACCAGCACAGCCAGCUCUGAGUGCAACAGGGGUCAAUGCUCAAUCUCCUCAGCCAGUGGCAAAGACGCCAGCGAAAAAGAACUUCAAGCUGAAGAACGAGAAGCUGGCCAGAAGUGGAACAGCUCCCAAGGUGGAGGAUGGCGAUGCCAAGGAGGAGGCGAAGCCAGCCCCGAUUGUGCAGGAGCCCAUUAUGCCAGCUGCCAUAGCUCAUGACGCUCCAGCAGUGUCCCUGAUGCCCGAAGACAAAGUCUUCAGCAGAGAGUUGAUGCUGAGAAUUUGGCAAAUGCACAAGGCGGAAUUGCACAGCUCUGUCACCAACCUGGGUGUGAGUAUCAGACCUGGAGACAAGACGCCAGUCAUGGAGAGGAAAAAGGUUCCAAGCAAGCGGGAAGAAGCUCCCGAUCGGUCUUCAGUCUUUGGCACAGAGAUGAAGAAGGGUCCAAAGAAGGAAUACUUGCCGAAGCCAUCUGAGAAUGCAUACAAGGUCAAGGAGGCAAGUGGCAGGAUGGAGGAACUUCAACGAAAUGCUACAAGCUUGCUGAACAAGAUUUGCCCAGACAAUCUCUCGACAAUCGUGGAUCACCUGGCCAGCAUCAAGCUGGUGAAAGCGGAGGAGCUGGAGUAUGUCAUUCGGAUCAUCUUCAAGAAGGCACUGGCAGAGCCCCACUACUGCGAGACCUACGCAGACAUGGUCUUUGCACUCAAGGAAAGAUACCCGCAGUUCCCUCCAGAGAACGAGGGUGAGAAGCCAGCGACCUUCACGCGAGUGUUGCUGAACAACUGUCAAAACGAGUUUGAGAACAUGCCAGCCACCUUCGAAGCAACAGAUGAAGACCGGGCCAAGUGCCCAAACCCAGAGGACCUCCAACAGGAGCUCAAGCGCAAGAAAGACAUGAUGCUGGCCAACAUGAAGUUCAUCGGUCACCUGUUCCUGCGUCAGCUUCUGGCUGUCAAGGUCAUUGGUCAGGUCGUUCAUGAUCUCAUCGGCAUCAAGGAAAACGGAAGCCUGCCAGAGGAACACAUGAUCGAGUGCGUCUGUGAGCUUCUUCAGGCCAUUGGCUAUACCUUGGAUGAAUCCUCCCAUGGUGAGAAUCUGAUGAACUCUUUUCAGGCGAGGUUGAAGGACCUUUCCAAGCACCUGCUGAAUGAUGGCAAGCAGGCAUUCUCCAAGCGCAUUCGCUUCGCGAUAGAAGACCUGCUCGAUCUACGCAAGGCCAAGUGGCAAAAGAAAGUCUUUAAGGAACAAGCCAAGACCAAGAACGAAGUUAAGGGAGAAGCUUCAGCAAGGCCUGGAAAGCCCGUACCGGAAGGCCAUUUCUCCACGCAGAUUGCUGGUAUGAAGCCGGCCUACAUUGAGGAGCUGAAGGCCCAAAAGCCAAAGAAAAUGGUGGUUGAUACAGGAUCAGGAGGCAAACCCAGCUUGGAUGAGUCAUACGUGAAGAAGAUUUUCCAGUACUACGCAGAAGACUGGAACGGCGACUCCUUUGCGGCGGACUGGAAUAAAGCAAAGCCCACGGCCUCUGAGACCAAGAAUGCCCUUGUGCAGCUGGUCAAUGCAGGAUUUGAGCAGGAGAGGCAGGAAGAGGCAUUCGCCAUGGCCAUUGCAGAGCUUGUUGCACGCAAACUGGUCAGCUGCGACUUUCUCAAGGCUGGUGUCCAUCAGAGUGUUCCCAGAUACCAUUGGAAUCAUUGGAUACCCCUGGAAAAACAGAACGACCCCUGA